AAAGGCGCACAGCUCUGACAGCACAUCACCACUGGGGCCCUUUUUUCUGAGUCUCCAUAGAGCCACUUCAUGUGAUGCAGGACUGUAAUGUGGCUUCAUGCAUUUCAGACUCCAAACAUUGACUGCUGCUGGACUGCAGGAUCCCAGUGGGAUUAGAUUUUUACCUGGAAUAAACUCCUGUGGGUUUGUUCGAGCGUGUGCAGGGGCGGGACUGAAGGGAAAGUUGGGAAAUCACCACAUGGUUGUUCAUCUUCUGCAGUGCAUUUUGGACCAGAGCACAGUUUUUCUCUCUCUCCCUCUCUUUCUCUCUCUCAGCUUAGAGCGGCUUUGUUGAGGAAAACUGCAGCGCUUGAGGCUGAUGAGAGCCGGACUGAGGUUUGCUUUUCAUUCUGGUUUGAAACAGUAAAGAAGUGCAGGAUGGACAGAAACGAAUCCAGCUUGGAUUGCACACAGAGAGAUCCACCUCUGGCUAUAGAAAUCAUUACACAGCUCGAUGUCUUCGGGAUCCUGCUUUACUCCAUGCUCACCUUCAUGGCCGUGGUGUCCAUGCUGCUCUACAUUGAGGAGUGUGUUUACAUCUACAGGAAAGUUUCCUCCAACAAGAAGAGCACCAUCAUCUGGGUGAACGGAGCCGCUCCGGUUAUCGGUGCUAUGUCCUGUUUGGGGAUGUGGAUCCCAAGAGCCACCAUGUUUACAGACAUGACCUCAGCCACGUAUUUUGCCAUCGUUGUGUUUAAGUUUCUGAUCAUGAUGAUCGAGGAAUGCGGAGGUGAUGAGGUUUUUCUGAAGUCUUCAGUAAACAAGACGUUCCGGAUCAGAACCGGCCCGUGCUGCUGCUGCUGCCCUUGUCUGCCCCAAGUCCCCAUCACACGCCGCUCUCUGUUCAUGCUGAAACUGGGCUCCUUCCAGUUCGCUGUGCUGAAGAUGGUGUUCACGAUCUUAUCCAUCAUCUUGUGGACCAACAAGAACUUUGACGUGGCUGAUAUGAAGAUCAGUGGUGCUGCAAUCUGGAUCAACCCCGGUGUCGGUGUCCUCACCAUCAUCGCCCUGUGGCCCGUCAGCAUCAUGUUCCUUCACAUCUGCAACACUUUACGCAGGCUAAACAUCAUCCCGAAAUACGCCAUGUAUCAGCUGGUGCUGGUGCUCAGCCAGCUGCAGACAGCCAUCAUUAAUAUUCUGGCCAUGAGCGGGACGAUCGGCUGCAGUCCGCCGUACUCCUCUCAGACCCGCGGUUACUUGAUGAGUCAGCAACUUCUGAUCUUGGAGAUGUUCAUCAUCACACUCGUGACUCGGUUGUUGUACCGGCGUCAGUAUGAUCCAAUACCUUACAACGACAGUGAUGAGGAGAAGAAUGUUGUUCUCACCCUGAGUCCAGUAAACACUGUGAAUAAUAAGUGAAAUUCUUUCUUUGACAUGAGAUCACAUGCACACCAAAUGUCACACAGACCUAUAUACAGUGCCCUCCACUAUUAUUGGUACCCCUGUGUUUAAUACUUUGUACAACCCCCUUUGCCAGUAAAACAGCACUGAGUCUCUCCUCUAACAUUUUAUAAGGUUGGAGAUACAGAACAGGGCAUCCGAGUCCAUUCUUCUUUACACAGUUUGUCCAGAUCAUCCAAGGUCCUCGACCCUCUCUUGUGCUCUCUUCUCUUCAGCUCAGCCCACAGGUUUUCACUGGGGUUCAGCUCAGGGGACUGAGAUGGCCAGGGCAGAAGCUUGAUUCUAUGCUCAGUGAACUAUUUGUGUGUUGAUUUGGAUGUACGCUUCAGAUCAUUGUCCUGCUGGAAGAUCCAAUGAUGACCUAGUUUUAGUUUCCUAAAAUGCAGAGGAGCCAGAUUCUGAUUUAAAAUGUCCUGGUAUUUCAUGGAGUCCAUGAUGCCAUAGACCCUAACAAGGUUUCAGGGCCUUUAGAGGAAAAACAGCCCCAAAACAUCACAGAACCUCCACCAUAUUUUACAGUUGAGAUCGGGUUCUUUUAAUUAUAGCCAUCCUUCUUUUUACACCAAACCCACUGCGAGUGUUUUUUGCCAAAAGGCUCCAUUUUUGUUCCAUCAGACCAGAGAACACAGUUCCAGUUGUAGGUAUCAUGCCGCCAUCUUGUGUCAGAACUACAAUUCCCAGUCCACUUCCGUGUGACCUACGUCACGCGUGGGCGGGAUCAUCUACGUCAUCAUACAAGGAAACAUAAAACAAUGGGACAACGCUUCCAUCUUUGUCUCUCACGGUUGGCUCCCGAUGGAUCUGGACGUAUAAAGAGGCGCUCUCCACCCCAAAAAGACGUCUUCUUUCUUGCAAGAUCCAUCACUCAGCGCGAUUUUCCUUCUUACCCUUGGCAAAGGUAAACUCUAGAGUCGCGCGAUCUUUAAACUCAACCUGAGUUACAACCGGUUUACUUGCAUUAGAAGUGACGUCACGACUGCAGCCCAGGCAGUUAAAAGUUAAGAAGCGAUUGAAUCCUUUUUAACUCAAAGCGCUGUGCAUCUUAUUCUGAUCAGAGACUUUUCCUCACGAUCGCUGAGAUUCGGACCAAGAACCCUCUGUUUUCCACGGGAACCACCCAAGUGCUCCGCUGGACCCGAAAGUUUUCUGCGCCUUCAUCACGAGCAGCUCACGUGCUCCCACGGCGAGGCCUGAAGCUACACCGGCGAAUAGUUCUUCAUAUCUUGCUAAAGGCAGGAUUAAGUAAGAUUUUGGCAUUUGGGCAUAAUUAGGAUAGUCUUAGGAAUUUGCUUUUAUUUGAAAUAGUGUGAAUUUAAACCCAGGUUUAUUGUUACACUGUUGAACACGCAGCGUGUUGAUUUAUUUUGGUUCUAUGUUCUCUCAAUUGUUUAAUAGAUAGGCUGCGCAUGCUUCUCUCUUUUAUUCUUUACUACUAACAUAUAGUUCUCAUUAUUAUACAUCUUGAUGUCAUUAAGAUUUCAGUGGAUUCAGUAUGGUUAUGAACUAGUGGGUUAGCUACAGCUUCGCUUUUGUCUGCUUAGCAACACAAAGCUAAUCAAGGCCUACCAUGUGCUCAGCAAGCCAUCAGGCCUAACAAACACACUUUAGCUAGGCUAUAGGGCCUUUCACAAACACAUACUAGCAACACAAGGCUAAUCUAGGCCUCCACCACGUGUAGUUAGCUACACGAGGCUAAACACAGAGCUAAUCCUUUGUUCUGUUUAGAUAACAUUCUUUUGUUUAGCUACCAACAAGCUAGGCCUCCACCACGUGUAGUUAGCUACACGAGGCUAAACACAUGGUCAAGUCCUUCACACUCCCCCUCUCUCUCUCUCUCUCACACACACACACACACACACACACACACUUCACUGCUUGUAUAUAUUGAUUUAUCUUUUUAUCUUUGUAUAAUAAAUUCAUUUAUUAAACAAA